GCCGGGGUGGGCCGCGCCGCGGCGGGCGGGCGGGCGGGGGGCGCUUCCUGGGGCCGCGCGUCCAGGGAGCUGCGCCGUCCGCCUGUCCGUCUGCCGCAGGCACUGCCGAAGCCAGCCGAGCCGCCGGAGCCGCGGGCCGCGGGGCCGUCGCGGGCCCAACCCCAGGAUGCUCCCCUUCGCCUCCUGCCUCCCCGCGUCUCUACUGCUCUGGGCGCUGCUGCUGUUGCUCUUGGGGGCAGCGUCUCCCCAGGAUUCCGAGGAGCCCGACAGCUACACGGAAUGCACAGACGGCUAUGAGUGGGACCCUGACAGCCAGCACUGCCGGGAUGUCAACGAGUGCCUGACCAUCCCGGAGGCCUGCAAGGGGGAAAUGAAAUGUAUCAACCACUAUGGGGGCUACUUGUGCCUUCCCCGCUCGGCUGCUGUCAUCAAUGACCUGCAUGGCGAGGGACCACCACCACCAGUGCCCCCUGCUGAGCACCCCAACCCCUGCUUCCCGGGUUAUGAGCCCGAUGAGCAAGAGAGCUGCACGGACGUGGACGAGUGUGCCCAGGCCCUGCACGACUGCCGCCCCAGCCAGGAGUGCCAUAACCUGCCUGGCUCCUACCAGUGUACUUGCCCCGACGGCUACCGCAAGAUCGGGCCCGAGUGUGUGGAUAUAGACGAGUGCCGCUACCGCUACUGCCAGCACCGCUGCGUGAACUUGCCUGGUUCCUUUCGAUGCCAGUGCGAGCCGGGCUUCCAGCUGGGGCCCAACAACCGCUCCUGUGUGGAUGUGAACGAAUGCGACAUGGGGGCUCCAUGUGAGCAGCGCUGCUUCAACUCCUAUGGGACCUUCCUGUGUCGCUGCCACCAGGGCUAUGAGCUGCACCGGGAUGGCUUCUCCUGCAGUGAUAUCGAUGAGUGCAGCUACUCCAGUUACCUCUGCCAGUACCGCUGUGUCAACGAGCCAGGCCGCUUCUCCUGCCACUGCCCGCAGGGCUACCAGUUGCUGGCCACGCGCCUGUGCCAAGACAUUGACGAGUGUGAGUCGGGUGCGCACCAGUGCUCUGAGGCCCAAACGUGUGUCAACUUCCACGGGGGCUACCGCUGCGUGGACACCAACCGCUGCGUGGAGCCCUAUGUCCAGGUGUCGGACAAUCGCUGCCUCUGUCCGGCUUCCAACCCCCUGUGCCGGGAGCAGCCCUCGUCCAUCGUGCACCGCUACAUGAGCAUCACCUCGGAGCGGAGCGUACCGGCCGACGUGUUCCAAAUCCAAGCGACCUCCGUCUACCCUGGCGCCUACAAUGCUUUUCAGAUCCGUGCUGGAAACUCGCAGGGAGACUUCUACAUUAGGGCCUCUGGCGUGGCUGUCUCUGAUGGGGUCAUCAAAGUGUUCAACGACAUGAAGGUGCGUAAGUCGUCAACACCAGAGGAGGUGAAGAAGCGCAAGAAGGCGGUGCUCUUCUGCCUGAGUGAGGACAAGAAGAACAUCAUCCUGGAGGAGGGCAAGGAGAUCCUGGUAGGUGAUGUGGGCCAGACUGUAGACGACCCCUACACCACCUUUGUCAAGAUGCUGCCAGACAAGGACUGCCGCUACGCCCUCUAUGACGCAACCUACGAGACCAAGGAGAGCAAGAAGGAGGACCUGGUGUUCAUCUUCUGGGCCCCUGAGAGUGCACCCCUUAAGAGCAAAAUGAUCUAUGCCAGCUCCAAGGACGCCAUCAAGAAGAAGCUGACGGGGAUCAAGCAUGAAUUGCAAGCAAACUGCUACGAGGAGGUCAAGGACCGCUGCACCCUGGCAGAGAAGCUGGGGGGCAGCGCCGUCAUCUCUCUGGAGGGCAAGCCUUUGUGAGCCCCCUCCAGCCCCCUGCCUGGAGCAUCUGGCAGCCCCAGACCUGCCCAUGGGGGUUGCAGGCUGCCCCCUUCCUGCCAGACCGGAGGGGCUGGGGGGAUCCCAGCAGGGGGAGGGCAGUCCCUUCACCCAGUUGCCAAACAGCCCCCCCACCCCCUGGACCUUCCUCCUCCUCCCUCCAUCCCUGACGGUUCUGGCCUUCCCAAACCGCUUUUGAUCUUCUGAUUCCUCUUGGGUUGAAACAGACCAAGUUCCCCCCAGGAACCCCUGUUUGGGGGGGGACCUGUAUUUUUUUUAACGACACCCCAGUUCCCCCCUUGUUCCUCCCUUUUCCCAUGCUGCCAACUUCUAACCGCAAUAGUGACUCUGUGCUUGUCUGUUUAGUUCUGUGUAUAAAUGGAAUGUUGUGGAGAUGACCCCUCCCUGCGCCGCCUGGUUCCCCUCCCCCUUGCCCCUGGUCACAGCCACUCAUGGAAGCAGGACCAGUAAGGGACCCUCAAUUAAAAACAAAAAAACAAAAAAACACACAACAAUAAAAAAGCUCACUAAUGGGA